AUGUCAGAGGAAGAAAGGGAGCCGCUCAACCAGGCGACACCGCCUCACAGAUUUGACAGGCACACGGACAAGAAUUGGUGGUAUAUGCUCUUGUCCUUAGUCGUCCUGUGGAUUUUGGUCAUCGGUCCCAAAUUACCAUAUGGAAGUUAUAAACCCAAGGACUCUUUAGGGCAAGUGUGCGGCACUGGUACCGAAGUGAACAAAUCAAAAUUGUUCUAUUUCGACAUGGAUAAGUGCCAGAAUCCACUGUUAAAUCCCUUGUCGACGUGCGAAACCCCACAGGUGUGCUUGGAGUCCUGUCCCAAAGAACCGUUCGUUUGGGACACGAUGAAGGACGAACUCAGCUUCAAGGACCUGUACAGUCGUCUCAUCUGCCUGACGGACAAGAUCAAGGCCCAAGUGCGCACAAAAGAGGACAUGGAGAAGGCCAUUAAACGCAAAGAUUGUGCUCGCUGGUACAGCAAAAGCACUUCAUAUUUCAACCGAUGCAUUUCCGACAUUUCGAAGAACAUUUGUGAUUACCUCCCAAGCGACAACAUCCGCGAGAAGGUCAAAAGCGGGAUCAUGGGCUCGACCUCUAAAAGAGCUCCAGAAAAUGAUAAAACUAAUUCAUCGAAGGAGUGCCGCCGCCAACUGAACGAUACUGUCUUCAAGAAUCCGUUCGUGGAGACUUUGCCGAUCUUAAACAAUCUGAUGAGAAAUGCGACUCGGAAUGUCAUGUAUUCAACUGAUAAGGAACUAAUCGAAGAUCUGAAAAACUCCUGGAUUUCCAUCCUCUUGGUCUGCAUUGGCAUUCUGUUCGCCUCACUGAUUUCGGUUGUCCUUAUGAGAUGGAACCCUCGUUUCUGGUUGCAGGGGUCCUUCCUAAUAGUGAUCGCAGUCCUAGGAUUCACCUUCGGUUGGUCCAUUUGUCGGACCUACUAUGCGGGAGACGAGUAUAUCACCAUUUUCGGCUUCCAGCUGUAUGAAAGAACGCUAUGGAUCUCUAUAUCUGUGAUCCUUUUCAUGUCCUUCGUGUUUUUCCUAAGUGAGCUAGCCAAUCAGUUUUCAAGCAUAUGCUUUGUAUCUGUUCUCCUUAAGGAGGCCAGUAAGGCGACGACCGAAAACCUCAACACUUUCGUCUUCCCGCUCUUCAACUUUGUACUCUUCAUAAUUUCCCUAGCUUUUACUAUAGCUAUUUGCUUGCUUCUGGUCAGCACCGAUGAAGCUUUAUUUAAAGACGAAUCGGGUAAUUCCUGCGACCCAAAGACUUUUAAUAUUUCGGUGGGCACCUGCAACUUUAAAGAGAUCCACAGAUCAUGGUGGACAAAUUUUGCCCUCUUCUACAGCGCAUUCAUAUUCAUGUAUUUAGACUCCUUGAUAUACGACUUACGCUACAUGAUACUAGCCUCCAGGUUCGUAAAGGUUUACUGGGAUUCGAAAUUCUCGGAGAUUCACAAACAUAUUGGAAGCGUGGCGAAGGGAACGGUCACCUAUUUCGUCCUGCCCUUACUUUCAAUGGAACACAAUGUGUUACCCACCAUAGUGGUAGUCAUUUUCGGCCAUAUCUUGACGAAAGGGGUAUUCGUUGUCUAUGAAACGGCCAUGGACACGUUCUUCCUGUGCUGUCUGAUAGAUUACGAGGAAAACGGCGGAAGAUUUUCCAGUAAAUAA